AGGAAAUCAGAGGCUAUUGGCUAAACCUUGCGAAUAAAGAUGCUCUCGGGGGGAGGGAAAGGGAAACUCUCAGGUCAGUCUGCGUGGGACCGGGAGCCUCCAGGAGUCCAGGAGUCCCUUCCAGACUCUGACCCAGGACCUCACCAUGCCCACCCUCUCCCCCGAAGUCAACCUAGAUGACUUCGAGUAUGAUGAGUCUGCCGAAGCCUGCCAUGUGGGGGACAUCGUGGCCUUCGGGUCUGUCUUCCUCUCCAUUGUCUACUCCCUGGUCUUUGCCUUUGGCCUGGUGGGAAAUCUGUUGGUGGUGUUCGCCCUCACCCACAGCCGGAAGCCCAAGAGCAUCACAGACAUUUACCUCCUGAACUUGGCCUUCUCGGACCUGCUCUUCGUGGCCACCUUGCCCUUCUGGACCCAUUAUCUGGUCAGUGAGCAAGGCUUCCACAAUGCUGUGUGCAAACUCACCACCGCCUUCUUCUUCAUCGGCUUUUUCGGUGGCAUCUUCUUCAUCACCAUCAUCAGCAUUGAUAGAUACCUGGCCAUCGUCCUGGCCGCCAACUCCAUGAACAACCGGACUGUGCAGCACGGCGUGACCAUCAGCCUGGGGGUCUGGGCAGCUGCCAUCUUGGUGGCAGCACCCCAGUUCAUGUUCACGAAGCAACAUGGGAACGAGUGCCUAGGUCACUACCCAGAAGUCCUGGAGGAGAUCUGGCCUGUGCUCCGCCACGUGGAGACCAACCUUCUCGGCUUCCUGCUUCCUCUGCUCAUCAUGAGUUACUGUUACUUCCGGAUCAUUCGGACCCUGUGUUCCUGCAAGAAUCACAAGAAAGCGAAAGCCAUCAAGCUGAUCCUUCUGGUGGUCUUUGUGUUCUUCCUCUUCUGGACGCCUUACAACGUUUUGAUUUUCUUAGAGACCCUCAACCUCUACGACUUCUUUCCCAGCUGUGACGUGAAGAGAGACCUGAGGUUGGCCCUCAGUGUGACCGAGAUGGUUGCCUUUAUCCACUGCUGCCUCAAUCCUUUGAUCUAUGCAUUCGCUGGGGAGAAGUUCAGAAGAUACCUUUCCCACCUGUACAGAAAAUUCAUGGCUGUCCUCUGCGGUCGCUCUGUCCACGCCAGUUUCUCCCUACCGGAAUCAAACCGGAGCAGGACGGAGAGCAUCCUGAACAGCAGCUUCACCCACUGCACCAGUGACGGGGAUGCUUCCAUCCUUCUCUGA